AUGACUGGGAAAGUCACGCAAACAGAACCGGAAGAGACUGUUUUGCCGUCCGCUGCCUGGUACUCCUUGGGGGUCAAUGCUCAGUGUCUCGGGCCAGAGGAGAUUAGUUGCGCCCUACAUCCACCAGAGGGCGCAGAGGCCGUUGUCGCUCCGCCUGACAUGGGCGGGGUGGUGGGGGACCGCUCGUACAGCAAGGACUUUGGGCUGGGACCCUGCUUCAGGCCCAGCCCUGUCCAGGAACACCCCCGGAGGUCCGCCCUGUGUAGGGGGUGUGGGGGGGGUGGCGGUGGUGGUGGGCGGAGGCGGGGUGGGAGGACGAGGAGGACGGUCGGUGAGGUGAGCAGUUUUGGGGGGUGGUGCAGAGGCUUGACGGUGGACGGUCGUGCCAGCCAGUGCCACACCGCACCUCUCUGCCUCAAUCUGUGCCAAUCCGGGGGUCUUCGCUCCCCUCUUUCACGGAGUGCUGCCGGGGUCAAGGAAUUCAUCUUCGUAGCUGCAGGAGAGGACUUGGGUGAGGAGCUGCUGCCGCCUGAGCUGGGCCAGGACCUGAGACCCCAUUGCUACCACUGCCGCCGCCGCCGCCGCCACCACCGCCUCUGCUACUGCGGGGACCUCCCUGAGACCAGGCCAGGGACAGAGCUUCGCUGGCCAGAGGGGCUCCCUCUGCCCACAGACAUCUGGAACCAGGUGACAGAUGGGUCUCUUCCUUCCUGCCCCCGUCUCUCGUGCUCCCCCCUCAGAGCUCCAGUCUCCAGCCUCCCGUGGGAAUCGUGGGAAUUGUCUGAAGUUCUGAGCCCGGAACCCCAGGAGGAAGAAGAGGAGGAGGAGUCGGAGGGAGAGGAAGUCAAGCCCCCAGAGCCUGGGUACCUUCCCGGCAGGAAAGGAGCAACUCGUGGAAGCAGGCUGUGGGGCCCACAGCCCCACCUGGCCCCGGUGCCCAGCACCCGUGGGUAGCACCCCGGAACGCCCCUGGCCGUUGGCACGGGCCGUGCCUGCCUCACCUGGGGCCCCCGUGCUGGGGGUCGCCCCCAAGAUGGUGGCGGCCCCAGGGAGGACUGUG